AUGCCUACUACCAUCAAUGUGGCCAGUGGGCUUUCCAAAAGUCCACAUGGCCGUGGUCACGGAGGGCUACGGGCGGGCUUUGGGGACCAGCGUUCGCGAGUGGCGAUGCACGGUCCCAGUCCUCUGUACGUGAAGACGAAGUUCUGCAAGUUCUUCGCGGCCGGCGCCUGCACGAGAAACGCGGACUGCAGGUUCGCCCACGGUCAGGGCGAGCUCUCGCCGCUACCAGACUUCACCCGGACGCGGCUCUGCCCCUCCGUCGUCCUCUCAGGCGCUUGCCAGGGCCGCGCCUGCAACUUCGCUCACGCCCUGGCCGAGCUCCGCCCGCGCGUCGACGCGCGCGAACAGGCGCCCGCGUCCGGUGCGGGCAGGCGCGCGCCCAGCCCAGGCAGCGCGCAGGCCAAGCACGCGGCGCAGCGGCGCUGCCAGGCCGCGCCCCGCGGGCGCACGGCGCCGCGGCGCGGCGGCGGCCCGCCGGGCGAUGGGGCGCCGGCGCCUCUGCGGGCUCAGGCACGGGCAGCGCUGGCGGAGGCGCUGCGCCCGGCCAUGUGUUUGGAGGAGGCGCUGCUGGGUGCGGGCAAGGGCAAGCGCGCCGAGUCUCCGAGCAUCCAGCCGAGCGGAAGCACCGAAGAGAGUUCUGCGCCCACCUCGUGGACGUCCGACGGCCAGCCGCGCAAGCGCACGGAGCCCAGCUUGGAGCGCCAGAGCGGGGCGGACGGGGUCCCAUGGUGGAGGCUUGAGGUGAGGAACACCUUCAUCACGAUGGUCUACGGCGCGCCCGCGAACAAGCCCUUGAACCGCGUUUUGUCCUCCCCGGCGGCGCUGCGCCAUCGCUGA